UCUCCAAGUUUCUUCAGCUCAACAAAAGCUCCAGUUUCCCCUCUGUAAAUAACCUUUUGUCGGGGCUUCCUAGAACUCCAGGUUCUAUCUACUUGUUUCACAAGAAAAAAAGAUGGGAGAGAUUUCAAGGUUCCAAUUGGGAGUGAUUGGUGCCCUGUUUCUGUCAGUUGCAUCAUCUGUCUCCAUUGUCAUAUGCAACAAAGCUUUGAUGACCAAUCUUGGCUUCCCUUUUGCCACAACACUCACAAGCUGGCAUCUAAUGGUGACAUUUUGCACCCUCCAUGCCGCCAAACGCUUCAACCUGUUGGAGAAUAAACCAAUUGACAUCAAGACUGUGAUGCUCUUUGGCAUCCUCAAUGGCGUUUCCAUUGGACUUCUCAACCUGAGCCUUGGAUUCAACUCCAUUGGCUUCUACCAGAUGACCAAGCUCGCAAUCAUCCCAUUCACUGUACUAUUGGAAACCGUCUUCCUAAAGAAACAAUUCAGCCAAAAGAUAAAACUAUCACUCUUCCUUUUACUUGUUGGAGUUGGCAUUGCGUCUAUCACUGAUCUCCAACUCAACUUUGUUGGCACAAUCCUCUCUCUCCUUGCCAUUGUCACCACAUGUGUUGGCCAAAUUCUGACAAACACCAUACAGAAGAGGCUGAAUGUAUCUUCAACCCAGUUGUUGUACCAAUCAGCCCCAUUUCAGGCGGCCAUUCUUUUUGUCUCGGGUCCAUUGGUCGACCAGUUUCUGACCAAACAAAAUGUGUUCGCUUUUAAAUAUUCCCCUAUUGUCUCGGCAUUUAUCAUCCUCUCGUGCAUAAUCUCAGUAUCUGUAAACUUCAGCACAUUUCUGGCAAUUGGUAAAACAUCACCGGUGACAUAUCAAGUACUUGGACACCUCAAGACUUGCUUGGUUCUUGGGUUUGGGUAUACGCUGUUGCAUGACCCUUUCACCCAGAGGAACAUCAUCGGGAUCUUGAUUGCCAUUUUUGGGAUGGGCUUCUAUUCUUAUUUUUGCACCCAAGAGACCAAAAAGAAACUAUCUGAUCCAUUGGGCUCUCAGAUGAAAGAUAAGGAUGGAACAGUAUAUAUGGGUUUAGAGAAAGAAGGGGAACAAGUGAAGAAUACAGACAAGGAUUCUCAUGUUUAAAGACAAAACAGAAGUGGGUUUCGAUCAUUUUGUACCUCAAUUCUUUACACUCAUUUCAUCUUCCAUUUUUCACACCUUAUAAUUGUAGAAAUGUAGGGAAUGCUUAGCCAAUUGUAAUACGCUUUCAGUGUAAUUAAUUAUUAAGAAAUGCUAAAAGGAACUAUAGUGUUUCUUUCUUU